AUGUCAAUCGUUGGCCAAGAUGAAGAGUUUAUGGAUAAUAUGAAAUACGCCACACCCGACCAGCUCUCGGAAAAGGCAUUAACAAAAGCAGAAAAGGAUUUGAACAGCUUGCAACAACAAAAACAAAAACAACUCUUGGAUCAAAAUAACCAAUUUUUACAAAAUCUAUUUCAAGAAAACUCAUCUCAGCCAAUCAAGAUAAGAAAUGUCCAAUUAACCAAUGGAACCCAAUUUCGCGAUUCGUUUGUUGAAUCUCAAUUCCAGCCUUUGCUUACUGGUGAAGUACUUGCAUUGCAAAAGUACUUGUCCAUUGUUGACAAUAUUCUGAAAAACUUGAUGAAAAUUGGCGUUGUUGAGAAUAUACUAUGUAACACGCAUCAAGUUCGGCCCAAUAUUAAAACAUCGUUGGUUGGACUUCCACGGGGUGUCGCUUCGGGAGCUGGCGCGAUUCAUGUGGUACCUAUCUUCAACACGAUACCCAUAAAGCGCUUUUUUGCCAAAACGGGCACUAAUAUUGGUAAUGGAGAAGGUGAUGGAUACAUUCAAUUUCAAUUACGUAACAUUUUUGGUGGGGGUGAAAACCUUGUAUUUGAUGCCAUAACGGGGACAAAGACGUCGAGUUCAUACUUGAUCAAUUACAAUCAACCUCUUUUCAACAAUUGUGAUUAUGUUUGGGAGAACUCACUCAGUUUCAAUACGAGGAAUUUAGAUUGGAUUCAGAGUAAAGUUCACACCAAGAGCUUGGUUAAUAAAAUCCAUACCCAGUUUAACAACUGUAAAUUAAAUCAUGAAUUGAUUUUGGAAAAUUCCAUCCGCAAUUUGGAUAAUUAUGGAUCAAAGAGUUUUGCAAUUAUGCAACAAUGCGGUCAGAGUCUCAAAUCUUCAAUUGCAUACAAUAUCAACUACGAUUCGCGAAAUAGUAAACAUCUUCCAUUUAAAGGGUCAUUUGCCCAGUUGGGAAUUGAAUAUAACGGGUUACUGCGUUUGAACAAGUAUCCAUUUGUGAAGACGGCAACUCAAAUCCAACACGCUUGGAGUGUGCCUUCUAUCAAUUCGCAUGUGUUGACCAGUACGAAAUUGGGACUUUUGUACCCCUUGACUAGCAAAUCGUCCCUCUUGGAUCGGUUUUAUAUUGGUGGUCCAAACGAUGUGAGGUCAUUUACUUUGAAUGGACUUGGACCACGAGAUCAGAAUUCAUUUGUUGGUGGCGACUUGUUCCUUAAUGGUGGUGUUUCAUUAUUCACUGACGUGCCAAGGUAUAAGGAAUCGAAUUUCAAAUUCCAUAAUUUUAUCAAUUGGGGUAAAUUAGUAUCGCUAGAUUAUGAUCAGUCCAUUUGGAACAAUUUCAAACAAUUGUCUCAUUCGUAUUGUUUAAGUUAUGGAUUGGGGAUUUUGUAUAAUCAUCCCAUGGCUAGAUUUGAGUUGAACUUUGUCCUACCAAUAUUAGCAAAUGAGCGUGAUUCAAUUAGAAAAGGGAUCCAAUACGGUAUUGGGGUUUCUUUCUUGUAA